AUUGACAGAGGGUAUUAUCGCCUGGAUGGAUCACAUGCAGGGGUGUGCAGAAGGUGAGUAUAAAUAACGAAUAAACGGACCCCAAGAGUCAGUGAAAGUUUCAUUUCGGACGUAGCAUCAUGGCGGCUAGAGGAUUAUUGAUCACCGUCGCUUUAGUAGUUUCUUUAGUGCAAAUCAAUGUCGAUGGUAAACCAUGCGAACAUGGUCAAUUAUGGGCCGUUGAAUCGAAUCCAUUAUAUUACUACAAUUGCUUGGCCGAUGGAGUUCAAGUUCAGCUAAAAUGUCCUCGAGGAGAAUAUUUUAAUAACGACAAAAAGGCUUGUGUUCCAGGAACAGCACCCUAUCCUCAAACUACGACUGUUAAGCCUGAUACGGUUCCUGGAAUUCCUGACAUUCCUGAAGCAGGAAUUGGAGAUGCACCUACAAUGGAAGGAGGAUCUGGAACAGGAAGUGAAUCUGCAGUUGGAGGUGGAUCUGCAGUAGGAGGUGGAUCUGGAUUAGGAAUUGGAACAGAGCCUCCAACGCCCCCAUCGGUCCCAUGAUGAAAACAAAGGGUCUUUGUGAACAUAGAUGGAUGUAAUUUAAAUCAAAUUCCAUUCCAUGAUCGUCUCAUCGGUCUUAAAUGUAAUUCUCUGCAGACAAA